CGCCGGUGGGUUUGGGCUCCAGGCAGAGGGAGGCAAACGAGCGCUGCAGCUCGCGCUCAGCCACGUUCUCAGACACUGGAGAAUCCACCUCGGAUCCCACCCUCAGGGCAAGGGGGGGUCUAAGCCCUGCUGAAACGUGGGUGCCUGUCAGAGCUCCCAUCCUCCAAGCGAGGGGAGAGGGCACCUGAGGGGGGAUGGCACGGAUCCGGUGUCCCCCAGAGCUGUCCCCAUCCUGGCCCCCACUGCGGGUGCCCCAAGCUGGGCUCGUUACGCCCAGGUGCCUGCCCUGGGGUGAGCCCCCCAGCCACCUUGCCAUGGGGCAGGGGUGCCCCAAAUCCUCCCAUUUCCACCCAAGAUGGGGAAAAGGUCCUGCGGGUGCUGGUGGGGGGAGCUCGGAGUGGAGCAAAGCCUAGGGUGAGGUGGGGUGCGGGGCUGUUCCCAUCCUAAAAUGGCCCCUGCUUAUGUCUGGGCUCCUCAGGUCCGGGCCAGCCUCUGGGGUCCCCCCGUGUCCCCUCCCAGCCGGUGCCACGCGGAUGGGUAGCGCCGUCGCCUGUCUCCUCGCAUCCCACCGUGGUCCCCGGGUGUGAGGGAGCAGCCCCCGACACAGAGACCCCCCUCCCCAUCCCGGCGUCCCAGCCGAUCCCACCGGCACCAUGGAUGAGAGCUUCCGAGACCGGACGGCGUUCAUCCGGGGCGCCAAGGACAUCGCCAAGGAGGUGAAGAAACAUGCGGCCAAGAAGGUGAGCAAGGGCAUGGACCGCAUGCAGGACGAGUACACCAAGCGCUCCUACUCCCGCUUCGAGGAAGAGGAGGAUGAUGAAGACUACCCACCCCAGGAUGGCUACUACCGGGGGGGCGAGGGGGCCAAUGAAGAGGAGGGGGCUUCCAGCGAUGCCACUGAGGGUCACGACGAGGAGGAUGAGAUCUACGAAGGCGAAUACCAGGGCAUCCCCCGGCACGACUCGCUGAAAACUGGGGAGCGGCUGGGGGCCGAGGCGGCCGUCGGCGCCUUCGAUGACAGCGAGGGACAGCGGCGGAAGGACAAGGAGGAGCUGGCGCAGCAGUACGAGCUCAUCCUGCAGGAGUGCGGCCACGGCCGCUUCCAGUGGACCCUCUACUUUGUCCUGGGACUGGCCCUCAUGGCCGACGGCGUGGAGGUCUUCGUGGUGGGCUUCGUCCUGCCCAGCGCCGAGAAGGACAUGUGCCUCUCCGACUCCAACAAGGGCAUGCUGGGUGAGGAGGGGACGGGGGGCACUGGGAGACCUGGGGGGAGGGGAGCAGUGCGGCCAGCCCGCCUGGGCCGAAGGCAGUGCCUCCUCAUCUCCCUCUCCGUCAACAGCGUCUUCGCCUUCUUCUCCUCCUUCGUCCAAGGCUACGGCACCUUCCUCUUCUGCCGCCUCCUCUCGGGCGUGGGCAUCGGUGGCUCCAUCCCCAUCGUGUUCUCCUACUUCUCGGAGUUCCUGGCGCAGGAGAAGCGUGGGGAGCACCUGAGCUGGCUCUGCAUGUUCUGGAUGAUCGGGGGCAUCUACGCCUCCGCCAUGGCUUGGGCCAUCAUCCCCCACUAUGGCUGGAGCUUCCAGAUGGGCUCAGCGUACCAGUUCCACAGCUGGAGGGUCUUCGUCCUGGUCUGCGCCUUCCCCUCGGUCUUCGCCAUCGGGGCACUCACCACCAUGCCCGUGAGCCCAGGCUCUGCCUUGCAGAACGGGAAGCACGACGAGGCCUGGAUGGUGCUGAAGCAGGUCCAUGACACCAACAUGAGGGCCAAGGGCCACCCUGAGAGGGUCUUCUCGGUCACCCACAUCAAGACCAUCAAGCGGGAGGACGAACUCAUCGAGAUCCAGUCGGACACCGGCACAUGGUACCGGACCCCUCGUGUCCCCUCCUCGCCGCUCGUGUCCCCUCCUCGCCGCUCGUGUCCCCUCCUCACCGCUCGUGCCCCCCCCCCAUAGGUCUGGAGCAAUUUCCAGCAGUGCUUUGCACCCGAGUACCGCCGCGUCACGCUGAUGAUGAUGGCCGUGUGGUUCACCAUGUCCUUCAGCUACUACGGGCUGACGGUCUGGUUCCCGGACAUGAUAAAGCACCUGCAGAACAUCGAGUACGCCUCACGCACCAAGCUCUUCACCCGCGAGAAGGUCCGGCACUUCACCUUCAACUUCACCUUGGAGAACCAGAUCCACCAGGGCGGGGAGUACUUCAAUGACAAGUUCAUCGGCCUGAAGAUGAAGUCAGUGACGUUUGAGGACUCGCUCUUUGAGGAGUGCUACUUCGAGGACAUCACCUCCAGCAACACCUUCUUCAAGAACUGCACCUUCAUCUCCACCGUCUUCUACAACACAGAUCUCUUUGAGUACAAGUUCAUCAACAGCCGGGUGGUGAACAGCACCUUCCUGCACAACAAGGAGGGCUGCCAGCUGGACUUCAGCGACGACAACAACGCCUACAUGAUUUACUUCGUCAGCUUCUUGGGCACCUUGGCCGUCCUCCCCGGGAACAUUGUCUCGGCCCUCCUCAUGGACAAGAUCGGCCGCCUCCGCAUGCUGGCCGGCUCCAGCGUGAUGUCCUGCGUCAGCUGCUUCUUCCUCUCCUUCGGCAACAGCGAGUCGGCCAUGAUCGCGCUGCUCUGCCUCUUCGGCGGCGUCAGCAUCGCCUCCUGGAACGCCCUCGACGUGCUCACCGUGGAGCUCUACCCCUCCGACAAGAGGUGCGGGUGGCCCCAUGGCCAGCGCCCCCCAGGGGGUGAGGUGUCGGGUGCUGGGGGGUGA